GUCUCUGUCUUUUUUCUCUGGGCUUUAAUCUAAUCUUCUUCUUCUUCUUCUCUCUUUAUUCUCUCACACCUGUUAAAAACUUGCCACCCAUUUUUCAGUUUCCAUAUAGACACUGUUCUACGUUAAAUUCAUUGAAUUCCUUAGACCCUUUGAACCAUUUCCUUACUUUUGUUCUUUGUGGGUUAAAUUUAUUCGUCUCUUUUUGUGGAUGAAGCUGAAUUUGGAGAUGAAAGAGGUGAAUAAGAUUGAAAACAGAACCUUUUCAGAGGUUGUGUCUGAAAUAAUAGCAUCUACAGAUGAGUUAGCUUCAAUAUCCAAGAGUUCAGAAACAGAGAAAGAGAUGUUCUCUGAGUUAGCUCUGGUUGUGGAGAAAAUCCCACCAAUUUUCAAUGAUUUGAGGGACUAUGACAAGAUUAUGGACACCCCAUCAAUCAGAAAAGCAGUUGAAUCCCUUGAGAAGGAGAUAAAGCGCGCCAAGUGUUUGAUAGAAGUCCAUAACCAGAAAAUGAAACAUGUUGAGACUAUUGCCCAUGAUCUUGGCCGGUCUUUGGGCCUUGUCCUGUUUGCCACUGUUGAAGUCUCAACAAAAUUCAAAGCAAAGAUUGGAGAGUUGUAUAAGGAACUGAUGAGCAUGAAGUUCAAUGAGAACUGCAGUCCAACUUCAACUUCAAGUCAAGCCACUGAGUUCGGUUGCGAUUUGAGAGUCGAGGAGAUUGAAGAAGAACGAAUUAGCACUAACGUUUGUGACAUUGCAGUGCAGCUCAAGUAUGGAAAUGAUGAUGAAUUCAAGCUUGCCGCGAUGGGGUUGAAAGAAUUGAUGCAAAGUAAAAAUAUUGAUGAGGAAUGGCUCAAGGAAGAGGGAAUCGUUUCCAUCUUGCUGAAUCGUUUGGGUUCAAGCAAAUCAGUGGAUCGUUCAAUAAUCAUUCAAGUACUUCAAUAUAUUGUUUUGAACUAUCCUGCAAUCAAGGAAAUGAUGGCAGAUGUGGGGCCUUUGUCAAAAUUAGCCAAGUCUUUGGCUGGGGAUGAGGUGGAGAGGAGAGAAGCCGUGGGGCUGUUGUUGGACCUCUGUGAACUUGUAAAUGUACGGCGACGGCUUGGCAGAGUUCAAGGUUGUGUUGUUAUGUUGGUUGCCAUUCUGAAUGGGGAUGACCAGAUUGCUUCAUAUGAUGCAAGGAAAUUGUUGAAUGUAUUGUCAGGGAACACCCAGAAUGUGCUUUAUAUGGCAGAAGCUGGUUAUUUUAGGCCAAUGGUGCAGCAUUUGAAAGAAGGUUCUGACAUGAACAAGAUUCUUAUGGCAACAGCAAUUUCAAGGAUGGAGCUCACUGAACAAAGUAGAGCCUCACUGGGAGAAGAAGGGGCAAUUGAACCCCUUGUUCAAAUGUUCUGGGCCGAGAAGCUUGAAGCUAAGUUAUCAGCAUUAAGCGCAUUGCAAAGCCUCUCGAGCUUAAAGGAAAAUGUUCAGCGAUUGAUUGGUUCGGGGAUCGUCAUGUCUCUGCUUCAACUCCUUUUCUCUGUAACCUCCGUGCUUAUGACUCUUCGAGAACCUGCAGCCGCAAUUCUCGCAAAGAUUGCCGAAUCAGAAUCAAUCCUGGUUAACCAUGAUAUGGCACUGCAAAUGCUUUCACUUCUGAACUUAUCAAGUCCAGUGAUUCAGAAUCACCUCUUACAAGCACUCAAUAGGAUUGCUGCUCAUCCUAGUGCAGCUGAAGUUAGGAAAAAAAUGGUGGAGAGUGGUGCAAUCCAGCUUCUCUUUCCCUUUUUGAUGGAAACUAAUCCUAAGAUCAAGACUGGUGCCUUGAAUUUGCUUUAUAAUCUUUCCAAAGAUGCACCAGAAGAGCUAGGAGAGAGCCACAUCAGUGUAAUUCUGGAAAUAAUCACCUCGACAAAUUCCGAGUCUGAAAGAGUCUUUGCAGUUGGUAUACUAAGCAAUGUUCCUGUAACUCAAAAGAAAAUAACAGAUAUGCUGAGAAAAGCAAAUCUCGUGCCCACCUUGGUUUCCAUCAUGAAUUCCAGCUUGACAAAUUCAAAUAUUUCUACAUCUUUGUUAUCAGAAAGCGUAGCGGGUUUAUUAGUACGUUUUACAAAUCCAUUUGAUAGGAAAUUACAGCUUCAUUCAGCAGAACAAGGGGUGAUUCCUUUACUGGUGAAGUUGCUGUCAAGCGAUUCGCCCGUUGCUCAGAGCAAAGCAGCAACUUCACUAGCUCAGUUGUCACAGAACUCACUCUCUCUCAGCAAAUCCCGGACCUCAAGGUGGUUAUGUGUUCCUCCUUCAAAAGAUUCAAUUUGUGAAGUUCAUGGAAGGCAAUGCAUCAUAAAGAGCACAUUUUGUUUGGUCAAGGCCAAUGCAGUCCCUCCCAUGAUCCAAAUUUUGGAAGGAAAAGAAAGAGAAGUAGAUGAAGCUGUCCUCAGUGCCCUCACCACCCUUUUGGAAGAUGAAAUUUGUGACAAUGGAAGCAACUACAUAGUUAAGAUGUCUGGUGUUCAAGCCAUCUUAAAAGUUUUAGGCUCAGACCACAUUGAUGCUCAACAGAAGGCAUUAUGGAUACUGGAGAGAAUAUUCAGAAUUGAGGAGCACAGAGUCCAAUAUGGAGAACCCACUUCGUUCGUGCUCGUUGAUCUAGCUGAGAAAGGCGAUUCUAGUUUGAAAUCAACCAUCGCGAAGUUAUUGGUUCGGCUGGAGCUGUUUCAGUUUCAAUAGUUUAGUUAAAAACGUUCCUUCGGAGAGGACCUCAGGCAUAAGGAAAAGCUGGCGUUUCAAUUUAUGUGCAGUUUGAAACAAGUUGCUGCAGGUAACUUUAUUGCUUCUUGAUGAACAACAUGAUUUCACAAUUUGGAAGUAAAACAAGGAGCUUUGCACAAUCAUUUAAAUGUCUGAAUACACGAGCUUUGUAUUUGCAUAUUAUCAGAUUUGUAAACUACCUUCA